AUGUCAACCGCCGUGGACGUCCCAGAGUCGAGCAACGUGGAGAAGGGAAAAGCAGUUGCAGCUGAUGCAGCCGCAAGACCAGGAGGAAGUAAGAAAGGGUUGGCCAUAAUGGACUUCAUUCUCAGGUUAGGUGCCAUCGCCGCUGCUCUUGGGGCCGCCGCCACCAUGGGAACUGCCGAGCAGACUCUCCCUUUCGUCACUCAGUUCUUCCAGUUUGAAGCCAGCUACGAUAGUUUUCCUACUUUCACGUUUUUCCUUAUUUCCAUGGCAAUAGUGGGUGGAUACCUAGUCCUCUCUCUACCUUUCUCUAUUGUCACCAUUAUACGCCCCCAUGCACUUGGAGCAAGGCUUCUCCUUCUGAUCUUAGACACCUUUUUUCUGACGCUGGCUGCUUCAAGUGCUUCUGCAUCAGCGGGCAUAGCAUACUUGGCACACAAUGGCAAUCAGGACACAAACUGGUUCGCCAUCUGCAACCAAUUUGGUGAAUUCUGCUUGGCCUCCAGUUCAGCUGUGGUGUCAGCCUUUGUUGCUGUGGCUGCCAUGUUCUUGAUGGUCGUCCUGUCUGGCGUGGCUCUGAGAAGCCACUAGCAGAAUUAAUUAAUAUAUGAGACAAAAUAUGUGAACUUUUUUAAUUUAUAAGUACUUAGGUACCUUUGCAUUCUAUCGUUAUGUUGUGCCACAUUUAUCUAUCUUCUUGUUAUGAAGUUCUCAAGUUGUGUACAUGCAUAUAAAAGUGAUAUUUCACUCAAGUGUCCAUUUCAUGAUUA